AUGUUCCAUAUAACAGACUUACAGCUAAAGAGAAGCUGUUGUUGCUUAUCAGUUGUGAAAGGCCCCAAGAGAUUCUACUCACACCAGUUACCCACGGGUGCCCACGGAGAACCGUUUUUCCACAAGGAAUGGCCACAGCACAAGAACCCGACACCUUAUGAAGUGUUAGGUUUCUACAACAACGUCAACAUCGAUAGUGCGCUGUUGAAGAAGAAGUACUACCAGUUGGCGAAAUUGUACCACCCGGAUACGGGUGUAAACAAGCUAAUCGUAUCGCACACCGGAGCAACCCUAACAGAAGAGCACAAGAGUGAACGAUUCAAGAUGUUAACAGAUGCAUAUUCAUUAUUGAAAGACCAUAAGAAAAGGGCGCUUUAUGAUCAGUUCAAAACUGGAUGGAAUGGUGUCUCAACGACGGCACCAACAUGGCGUACAGACCAACAGCCUUCGAGCUAUAACUACCAGGACCAACGUUAUUGGAAUGCAAGCACAUGGGAAGACUAUCAGAAUUUGCGUGAUAUGAACGACCCAGCAUUGAGACAGGACAAAUUGAAGGCAUUAGCAGGUAUAAUCCUAUUUAUGAUUUCAGGAGCGGCUAUCCAAGGUUGGUUCUUCUUGAACAACAUGGAGUCGACUUUAAUUGCAAGACAAGAAGUACAUGACACCUGCGAGGCCCACUUGAUGUCGGCUUACCUUAACUACGGCCUAGACACGAGCCGUGUGGGACGUAUAAAAAGAUUCUUAUGGUUCAGAACAUUUGGCAUGUACAAGACAACAGAAGGUCUAAACGAAGGUGCAAAGAAAGACGAACAACUAUUGAAGGAGAUCAUGCAAGCCAAACCUGUGCAGGAAGCUUCCCUGGCAUAG